AUGAGUGAUCUGAAUCUCAACUCCGGUUGCCCUGAUGGCACCAAGGAUCAAGAUGCCUUUGCCGACUUGUGCGGUCAAUUGGCUUCAAGGACCAGGCUGGCGGACUUUUCGACUCCAGAGGAGACCCUAGAGACGCUGAGUGACUGGGCCGAGUCCCCGGAAGAUGCCGUGCAGUUCCUGGGCAAGGCAUGCAAGGCCGAGUCAGCGGCAUCGGCAUCGGCCACAGUGAGCUUCGAAGCCUUCGCCAAGUGGCUGGUCAGAAAGCAAUUGCCUCAUUGGCACACUGAAACAGAAGAGCUGAAGAGUCGAAAGAGGGCGUUCCAGCUCCUGAAGCUGAUGAACAACACGCCUUCCCUGCCGAAUUCCGUGCCAGGAAAGCUUACUCCGCGCAACAGCGAUGCAGGCGGAAUCCUCUUGCUGAAGACCCUGCCGGAAUCGCAAUGGACCUCUACCAACAGGCGCUUCUUUUCAGACUCUGUGCCUCCCAUGUUCUCGGCCUUGAAGGUUUUCCGUGGGAUCGGAGGCUGGGGACGGCAGAACCGCUUCUGUGCAUCGGACCUUUCUGAGGCGAUGGAAGGGAAAGAAGUGCCGCGCGAUCCCCGAGAGGUAUUAGGGUCACCUAGAGGUCUCCUAGACCUGGCCCUAAUCGGGACAGGGAAGACAACACUUCGAUCCAUGGAUCGAGUCUUUACCGGGGCUUCCGAAUGUGGCUUUGCAGGCGGCCAGGGCUUUUGCCAGGGCCGAAUGGAUGAAGCGGAUUGCCUGGAAAUGCCUGGGCAGCCCUAUGCCUUGGCCCUGUGGAAUCUCAUCAUUCGUCCACCUCGGAGGCGCUACGACGUGGGUCGCCUGGGUCCGCGCCAGUUCCGACUCUGGAGCUGCGGGGUGCGGCGGGUGGAUAUCGAUCUUACCAGCUCUCGGGGACAGCGGCUUAGGUGUUCUCAUUUCCUGCCGGACGUGAAGGAGAGUAGUGCUGAACCGAGACCUUGCGUCAUCUAUUUGCACCAAAAUGCGUCCUGCAGGCUGGAGGCUCUCCAGCUGGUUCCAUUGUUUCUGCCGCUGGGGAUUUCGCUGUUCUGCUUUGAUUUUGCGGGCUGCGGAGAGAGCGACGGUGACUACAUUUCCUUAGGAUGGUUUGAAAGAGAUGAUCUAGCUGACAUUGUCAAGCACCUCCGCGAUUCUGGGGAAGUCUCUUCCAUCGGAUUGUGGGGUCGCUCAAUGGGAGCGGUCACAGCGCUGUUGCACGCAGAUCGGGACCAUUCGAUUGCGGGGAUGGUCUUGGACAGUCCCUUCUGCAGUCUGCGGCAGCUUGCAUCGGAACUUGCUCAAAGCGAGUACCUUUCGGUGAAGGUGCCCAGCUGGCUCCUCUCUGCUGCCCUGGCCCUCGGCCGGAUGCGCAUCAAGCUCCUAUGUAACUUUGACAUUGAUGAGCUCUCACCCAUCGAACAUGUCGGCAAUUCCUUCAUUCCAGCGCUUUUUGUCCAUGGUGUUGAGGACGAUUUUAUAGCUCCACACCACUCGCAGAAACUGUAUGAGGCUUAUACAGGCGACAAAGAAUUGGAGAUGGUUGCAGGUGAUCACAACACGCAACGCGAACCGCACGUGAACCGCAAGUCGGUCUUCUUCCUUGUGCAAGCUUUGCGCUGCAAUCUGCCACCCAUGGGUGAAGGGAGCCUGGCGUCCGUUCUAGGCUUUGAUGCUGGUGAAGUUGACUCUUGUACGGAUCGCAAGGUGCUCUCCACGAGAGUCCAGGGAGAGGCUGCGCGGCUCCUGGCGACGUCUGCCCCAGAGCGAAAAGGCCUACGGCUCAGAGACGUGCAGAGGCUUUCAAUGUCUUGUCGCCUCGAGAGUGCCUUGCAACUCUGUCACGAGGGCGCAGAAGCUGGCUAUUGCUUUGGGCUCAUGCCCCAAAGCACGGACUUCGGAGGGUCCAACCGGCCUCCGGUGGUCGUCUUUGCCACCGCCUCCUCAAAGGGCCUGAAGGUUGCCAUGGUGGUGGAGGGUCGCCACGAGGUUCUGGAAACCACGGAUGCCUCGAUCGAACUUGGAGUCCCCGUUCUCCUUGUAGCCGAGCUGGCGGACAACUCCAACCCCGAGAGCUUUUUUGCUCCGCCGCAGCCAACAACCCUCAGACUCACCCUGGGCACAGGAAAUGCAGAGAUGAACCUGUCGCUCCCGGAAGAGUUCAAGAAAGAUAUGUUGUUCUGGCCAGUGACCUAUGCUGGCGAUGCCGAGAUCUUUGACAUCGAAGUCAAGGACCUGGUUGGGCGAAAUUCCUCUGCUGCAGAGGUCCAAAUCUCCAGCACGGGGCAGGGUCGGCGACGGCGGAAGCCCAGUCAGCACAGCAGCGAGAGCGGCGACCGCUCCGAGACGCGGGCGGUGCAAAGCCCUCCACCGGACAUUCAAACCGGAGAUUCGACCAGUUGCUGCCGCCAGUCCUAG